GCCAUCCCCAAACUUCGACGAAAACUCUAUGUAUAUAGGUAUAUAUAUAACUGAUAUAGUCAAAUAUUAAAUCUGCCACUUAUAAUAUCAAAGCACUAUUUAGUGCAAGUAGCAAAGCCUUGCCCAUAGAUCGUGUAUUCGAUCCCAGUUUGCAGCAUUUGUUUUUUGAUACUGAUAUAGUCAAAUAUUAAAUUUGCCACUUAUAAUACCAAAGCACUAUCUAGUACAAGUGGCAAAGCGGCACUUUUUUUCCCAUAUGUCGUGUUUUCGAUCUUGGUUUGCAGGGCAAUCCCAGUUUGCAACAUUUGUUUUUUUUAUACUAAUAUAGUCAAAUAUUAAAUCUGCCACCAAUAAUACCAAAGCACUAUCUAGUGCAAGUUGCAAAGCGGCACUUUUGCUUUCCAUAGGUCGUGUGUUCCAUCUCGGUUUGCAGGGCAACAGGCGUACAUUCUACCAUUUAAAUGAAUUAUGAAUAUUAUAUUAUGAUAUUAGUAAUAUUGUUGAAAGAUUAAGUUUUGUCAUUUUAUUAUUAUUUUUAAUUAAUUGGUUGGUUAAUUGUCCUAUAUAUCAAAAAAUGAAUAAUUUGAUUAAUUUAAUCGAUAAGCAGUGGCAGAACCAGAAAUUCAGCGAAGCAUGUGUAAAUUUUAUUCUCAGCUAUGUUAAGAGCGUGCAAAAUUAAAUAUACAUUCAUUAUGAUUAACAUUUAACCUCUAUUCACCACAUAAUUUUUUGAUGAAGGGUGUGCAUCUGACCACCCUUCAUCAAAGGUGACUCCGCCCCUGUCGAUAAGUUUACUUGGCACUCAGAUAGUCCGGAUCCUGGAUCCUGGAUCCCCCUCUGCUCAAAAAUAUAUUGAAGGAACUAUUUUAGACCUUCCCCAAACAUGAAGGACCAUAUUUGUCAUUUUUCCUAAGCUCUUACACUAACAUUAUAAAAUACUCUCACCCUUCUACUAUAUAUAACCACUUAAACAACUUCAUUUGCAACUAAAUCAUUCAACACACUAGAGCCUUCAGUUCUUACUAAGCAAAGAUGCCAUCAAAGCCAGCAUUAUCUGAUCUAAACUUUAUUGUGAUCCCUCUACUUUCAACAAGUCACCUCAUACCCUUGACGGACAUGGCCAAAUUGUUGGCGCAGCACGGCGUGACAGUCACGUUAGUCACGACACCUCUAAAUGCUGCCCGAUUCACCGCAUCAAUUGAUCGUGCUGUUCGCUCUGGACUACUCAUUCGGGUGGUAGAGCUCCAGUUUCGAGCCAAGGAAGCAGGACUGCCAGAGGGAUGCGAAAACCAGAAUGCCGCACCCGGUCUCAACUACCGGAGACAGUUCGUUGCUGCAAUCAAUAUGCUACAAGAACCAACUGAAAAGUUACUCCGAGAGAUGAAACCUAAGCCGAGUUGCAUUAUUUCUGAUGCGUAUGUUGCUUGGACAGCUGAGACAGCUGAUAAGUUUCAGAUUCCAAGAAUUGUUUUUGAUGGAAUGAGUUGCUUCACUCAAAUGUGCAUGCAUAGCUUGUACAUCAUGAGGGAUCAAAACCAACUUCCUGAAUCAGGGCCUUUUGUCAUACCUGAUUUGCCAGAUAGAAUUGAAAUAACUAAAGCUCAGCUGCCUGGACAUUUCAAUCCAGGAGCCAUUUCCAUACAAGAUAUUCGGGACAAAAUACGAGCAGCAGAAGAAAGAUCCUUUGGGUUUGUGAUCAAUACUUUCGAGGAGUUGGAACAAAGGUACGUCGAUAAAUUCCGAAAACUUAAAAAUGGUAGAGUUUGGUGCCUUGGACCUUUAUCUCUUUGUAACAAUGACGAUUUAGACAAAGCUCAGAGAGGGAAUAAGGCCUCAUUUGACAAAGACGACAAUUUGAAGAAAUGGCUAGAUUCUUGGCAGCCUGAAUCUGUCGUGUAUGCAUGUUUUGGGAGCCUCGGUCGUAUUACAGUUAAACAAUUUGUGGAGCUGGCUUUAGGCCUGGAAGGAUCAGGUUAUCCAUUCAUUUUAGUCAUAAAAACAGGGGAAGGACAAGCACCAAUAGAGGACUGGAUAUCAAAAAAUGGAUUUGAGGAAAGAACAAAAGCAAGAGGGCUUUUGAUCCGUGGCUGGGCACCACAAGUACUAAUACUAUCACACCCUGCAAUUGGUGGAUUCUUGACUCAUUGUGGGUGGAAUUCAACUGUUGAGGGGAUUAGUGCUGGUGUGCCUAUGAUCACCUGGCCUUUAUUUGCCGAGCAGUUUCUGAAUGAGAGAUUCUUAGUACACGUCUUGAAAAUGGCUGCGGGUGUUGGAUCCCAGGCGCUUGUGCAUUUGGGUGAGGAAGAGAAGUUUGAGGUCCAGGUUAGCAACAAAGUAGUAACGGAUGCCAUAAAAAAGGUGAUGGAUAAGGAGAAAGAAGGAAACGAGAUGAGAAAAAGAGCUCAACAACUUGGAGAAAUGGCAAAAAGGGCUGUAGAAGGUGAUGGAUCUACUCACCUCAAUGUGACACUUUUAAUAAAGGAAAUACAAGAAUUCCAACUGAAGCAAUCAGCUAAAAAUUCUUGUGCAAAAGUAUGUGAUGCACUUUUUUGAUUAAAAAAUGUCCUGAUUGUUAUUUCUGUUCAUGUUUGUAGUUUUGAGUGUGUUUGGUCUGAUGGAAGCCAUUUUCUGUGUAAAAUGAUUUCCUAUGAAUAAUGUGCUAUUGUGUUUGC